GGUUUGGCCCUGUCAAACGCAGACAUUUUGCUGUACCGCAAGACACUCAAUGGACUUCCACAAACUUAACUCUUUAGAAAAAUUCAAGGAGGUGUGGAGUUGUUAUGGUUACGGAGAAAACCCAGAGGACGUGCUUGAGAGAGAGUUCACGCGAAUUAAAGGCACCGUAUAUCUGGAUCAUGCAGCAACUACUUUGUACCCAGAAUCACUGGUCAAGAACUACUGCCUGGAUAUUUCAAGGAACUUGUAUGGAAACCCCCACAGCCACAACCCGAGCAGCAGGUUGACACAUGAGACCAUGGAGAGGGUCAGAUACAGGAUAUUGCAGCAUUUCAACACUACCCCUGAGGAGUACUCAGUGAUUUUCACUUCUGGCUGUACAGCCGCUAUCAAAUUAGCGGCAGAGGUCUUCCCCUGGAAGUCGCAGAUAGAAAACGUGGCAGGCAGUCACUUCUGCUACCUCACUGACAAUCAUACAUCUGUUGUUGGCAUAAGAGGACUAACAUCAAACCGGGGGGUAGUCACCUUGCCCGUCUCACCCCAGGACGUGGAAAAUCGGGCAAAAGACAAGGCUCAGAGUGAAGAUGCAGUUUGUCAGACGCCACAUCUCUUCUGCUACCCGGCACAAAGCAACUUCUCAGGCACAAAGUAUCCCCUUAGCCAUGUAGAAGGCAUCCAGGCAAGACGUCUUUACCCAGCAUGUGACUGUCGAGGCCAAUGGUUUGUGCUGUUGGAUGCAGCCUCGCUUGUCAGCUGUUCCCCUUUAAACUUACAAGACUGCCCUGCUGAUUUCAUUCCCAUCUCCUUCUACAAGAUAUUUGGCUUCCCUACAGGUCUGGGGGCCCUUCUUGUCCGCAACCAAGCAGCAGCCAUGUUAAAAAAGACUUAUUUUGGAGGAGGAACAGCAGCAGCUUACCUUUCUGGAGAAGAUUAUUAUGUUCAGGCUGCAAACCUUUCUGACAGAUUCGAAGAUGGCACUGUCUCAUUCUUGGACAUCAUUGCCCUCAAUCACAGCUUUGAAGCUCUCUACAGGAUCACCGGAGGAAUGCAAAACAUACAACAGCACACCUUUGGCUUAGCGCGCUACACUUACAUGCUUCUGUCAAGUCUUUGCCAUGGCAACGGGCAACCAGUGGCGCAGAUGUACACACGAGGCCAGUUUGACAGUCCAAACACACAGGGCGCAAUCCUAAACUUCAAUCUUAUCGACUCUCAUGGAGAAAUAAUUGGGUAUUCUCAGGUAGACAGAAUGGCAAGUUUGUACAACAUCCACGUGCGCACUGGUUGCUUUUGUAAUACUGGAGCCUGUCAGAGCUUUCUCGGUAUCACAAAUCAGCAGAUGAAGCGCAACUUGGAGGCUGGCCACGUCUGCGGAGACACCAUCGACAUGGUGGAUUGGCAGCCCACUGGAUCUGUUCGUGUGUCAUUUGGCUACAUGUCAACAUUUGAUGACUGUCAAAAGUUCCUGAAUUUUGUUGCUGAGUGCUUUGUGAAGAAACCAGUGGCAGUAGACCAUGCGAGAAUAGAGAGGCUUAAAGCAGCUAGCGCAUCAAAUGAAGAAACAACAGUCAAUAUAAAUGAAGUGAAACACAAAGUUGAAGAAAAGAAGAAAGUUUCACAGAACGGAAUUGAACCUGUGCAUCUAAGCAACCGUGAGGGGUCUUACACAUUGACCAACAUCUACAUAUAUCCCAUCAAAUCAUGUGGCGCAUUUGAGGUCCACAGCUGGCCAGUAGGACCUCAGGGUUUACUAUAUGACAGAGCCUGGAUGGUGGUAAAUGGAAAUGGCGUGUGCUUGAGUCAGAAAAGAGAGCCACGUUUAUGCCUCAUUCGCCCACAAGUUCAUCUGUCCUCAAACGAAUUGCUCCUGCAGGCAUCAAGAAUGAAUACCAUUUCAGUUCCACUGGAAAUCAGGAAUGAAAUGCAUGCGAGCUACCCAGUCUGUCAGAGUAAAGUUUGUGGUGAUAGGGUGGAGACUAAGGAUUGUGGUGAUGAGGCUGCAGCGUGGCUGUCAGACUUGCUUGGACAACCAUGUCGCUUGAUAAGACAAAGUCCUGAUUUCACUCGGUGUAUGAAAAAGAAGUCUGAUACAGCUGUCAACUCCCCACCACUCUCCCUGGUGAAUGAAGCUCAGUAUCUCCUGAUCAACCAUGCCAGUGUGGAGCUCAUUCACAAAGUAAUGAGCAGCAGGCAAGACUAUCCCGAGCUUAACACACAGAACAUCAUCAGUCGGUUCCGAUCGAACUUCGUCAUCGCUGGGGUUCAACCAUUUGAGGAGGAUAAUUGGUCCCACUUGAUUAUUGGCAACAUUCAAUUCACGGUCAGUGGUCAAUGCGUUCGAUGUCAAAUGGUGGGGGUUGACCAGAACACUGGGAGCAAAACAAAGGAGCCUCUGAUGUCUCUUUCUGCGUACCGCAAUGGAAAGGUCACAUUUGGCGUGUAUUUGACCCAUCAAUUACAAGAUUCACUGAAAGCCGGCGUCCUCAGCGUUGGCUCCCACAUUUUGCCGCAGCCCCAGGCUUCCUAAAGUGAUCAUCUAUAACAUCUCUUUGCAAAGCCAGGAAAUUUACCAGAGACAUCAGGGGAAUUUCUAUCAUGAUUGUAGUUGCCUGUUAAGUAUGCAAAGGGAUGUUGUCCUGUAUCAUGUUUUAUUUUCGUGAUGUCCGUGGGCCUUGAAGCAUUUGUGUCAAUGCAAUCCUGAGAGAUGACUGGGCAAAAUUGUUAAAUGUUUUUUUCAA